AUGCUCACAAAUGCGCGACUGGCCAUCGGACGAGUCGCCUUGUCGAAAAUGCAUAUCCCGCCUCAUCAGAACGUGCGACUCCGAUGUCUCGAUGAAGCAUGCACAAGUCUCAUUCGACUUUUGAUCAUGAUCGCAUUUCUGUCGGUUUUCCUUUCAACACUCUUCUUCGUAUUCUACAUAUACUAUUGGAAAAAUAGUGGACUUUUGAGAAGAAAGAAUUUUUCGAAAAACGAUCAUGAGCAAAAUACACAAGAAGACAUUGAAGAAGAUUUGAAGGAAACUGCGAAGAUGGAAUCCAUUCCGUCGAUUGCGCUCCUCGCCGAGCCCGCUGUUUCAUCGCCAAUUACCAAUUGUGAAGCUCUCGAGACAUCGUCACUGUCGUCGUCAUCAAUCUGUCAUCGUCCGCAGAAUUUGGAAAUUGCUGUUGUUGCGCUUCACGAGCAAACCGAGCCGACGUUUGUUCCGAGAUUGCUGAGCGACGAUUAUGAAUUGGCGAAUAAAAGCAUCGAGCAGCGCAAACUCGAAAUUCAACGAUUGAUCAAGCGGAUUGAACAAGCGCGAUGCCAGCAUGAGAAAUUCUCGAAUCGGCUUAAAAGUGCUCAGAGGAUAACCGAUAUGUCUCCGAAUUCGUUCACACAUCAUUCCUGCCUCUUAUAA